AUGCUGGACCCAAUCGGGCUCAAGCACGUGCGCGUGACCCGCAGCGACAACUACCCUCGGGACCACCUCGCACGCACGCUCUUCCACGUACGUCCACCGCAUUCGGUGCCAAAAACGACGAUCGUGGAUGCAGAAAUGUUUCGCGGUGUCGGGCUCCUCUCGACGUUUGGCGCCGCUCACACGACGAUGCGCAAGCAGCUCACGCCGCAUUUUGGUCACAUCCAGCGUUUUCUGCCCAUCUUUCAGCGUCACGCUCGCCACUUUCUCACACUGGACGUCAUUGGCGUCUCGGCGUUUGGUUUUGCGUUUGGCGCUGUCGACGGUCGUCUUAGUCCCGAGCUCCAAGCGUUCAACGACGUCAAGAUGCCUUCGUCGUUCGUUGUCAACCUCGGAAUCGUCUUCUUUCCGUUCUGGGACUACCUUCCCUUUGCCUCGGUGCAGCGCCGGGUGGCAGCGACCGACACGAUUCAAGAUACGGUCUAUCGUGUGAUCGAUGCCAAGCUGCAAGCACCCGCCGACCGAGACGUGACCGAUCUGCUCGACCUCCUCCUGCUUUCGGGCACGUCGGCAGCCGACGCCCGUGUCCACGUGACGACCUUUCUGCAGGCCGGCCACGAGACGACGUCGGGGACGCUGGCGUGGGUACUGGUGCAGAUCGCGACGCAUGCGGACGUGGCGACUCGGGUCUAUGCAGAGUGCCGUGACGUGCUACAUCGGCAUCGAGACGACGACAUGACAAGCGACGUGCUGGCCGAGCUACCGUACUUGACGGCGGUGAUUCAGAAACCUUGCGCUUGUACCCCACAGGACCGUCGCUCGCCGAUCGCAUUGCGCUCGAGGACGAUACCGUGCCGCUAA